AUGAGCAAGAAGAUUAUAGUUGUAGGAUGUGGGGUAAUGGGAUUAUCUACGGUGGUUCACUUGGCUGAAAGAGGAGAUUACGAAAUAACUGCAAUGGAUGCCUAUGAGGUUCCUUCUCCAUGGUCAGCAGCCAACGAUAUUAAUAAAAUUAUUCGUUCGGAGUACAAAGAAUUCGUUUACACCAAGUUGUCAGUCGAAGCAACAAGGCAAUGGAGAACGGACCCGAUUUUUGAGGGCGUUUACAAAGAAUGUGGUAGAAUUUUGAUGACACCUUUGCAUCAUCAGGGACGUCAAAAGUAUGAGAAAGAGAGCAUUAUGAAUUUAAGAAAAAUUGGCAAUGAGGGACGCAAAAUUGAGAACCUACAAGGAGGCCAUGCUUUAAGAGAUAAGUUUGAAAUGCUCGAAAAUAACCGUGUUCAUGAUAACGAGGUAGCAAGGUGGAAUCCAGAAGCUGGGUUGGCGCACUCUGCUAAUGCUCUUCGAGCUAUGUAUGAAAAGGCAAAGAGUUUAGGAGUGAAGUUCAUAUUUGGAGAGGCAGGUCGAAUAAUCAAAGUAGAAGAAAGGAACCAAAAACAUUACGUCUUAGCAGCAAAUGGUACACUUUACACGGCUGAUCAGAUAGUACUUUCGGCUGGGGCUUCUUCGGGAUAUAUAGUGGAUUUGAAACAGCAGCAAGCAGCUACUGGUUUAUUUGUUACACACAUUCAACUCACUUACGAUGAAUAUGAAAGAUUUAAAAAUAUGCCGAUCGUAUUCGAUGCCGAAAUGGGCUAUUUCUUUCCUCCAGAUCCAGAGACUAGAGUUUUGAAGAUUGCGUUGCCGGGAUCGGGCGCAUCAAACUUUGUCAAGGAUCCUUUUGAUGGUCGUAAAGCGAAGAGUUUACCUAGAUAUAAGCAGCAGAACCCCAGUGAUACGAUUCCCCGUAGCAGUAUCUCCCAGGUUCAAAAGCUCUUAGAAAAAUAUGUUCCUGAGCUAGCGCACCAUACCAUUUUUAACAGCAAAUCAUGCUGGAUUGCAGAUACUUACGAUUCUCACUUUAUCAUCGAUCAAGUUCCAGGUUCGAAGAAUCUUUUCGUAGCUACGGGUGACAGUGGUCAUGCCUUCAAAUUUUUACCUAACAUUGGCAAAUACAUUGUUUUAAGAUUAGAAAAUAGAUUGGAUGCAGAGCUCAAAGAGCUCUGGAGAUGGAAAGACGAAACAAGGGCUUUUGAUUCGACAUCCUUGGAUUGGAGAGUUGGAACUGAUAGCUUAGAUUUUAGUGAGAUCAAGUGGGCCGAAGAAAAUGGCAUGCUCAGAUGCAGUUUAUAA